AUGGCCAGGGAGAAGACUGAUAAGGACAUCGAAAAGGAGGCAGAGGCAGCUCUGGCUCAGGCAGGCAACUACUUUACGCCGCGGUCGGCCAAAGCGUCGCGAGGGAAGGUGAUCGCCAUUAUAUUGGCAGAAGCGUGUUUCACGGGUGCCAUCUACACCAACUACGACAAAAUAAAGGUCGUCCACCCAUUGCUUUCGCCCAUUUUGUUGGGUGCUGGCACUGCCGCCUUGGCGCAAACUUUCAACCAAUACGUCAAGCAUGUGUUGCUGUACAACCGGAUACUCAAGUUUAUCACCUGGGGGAUGAUCAACGGUUGUUUUACAGCCUUGUGGAUUGACUUGGUCACUCGAACGUUUGAUUCAACGGUGCAUCGAGUGCUUCUCGACCAACUUGUCGGCGCCCCGAUGUUCCAGUUAUUAUUUAAUAUCUUGAACUCCUUAUGGGAACACGGAGAGAUCACCAAACAGACUCACGUUGCGUUUUUCCGAAGCUUAAGAUGGUCUUACUGCUUUUGGCCAUUAUUUCUGAUUCUAGCAUUUGGGUUUUUGGACCCGCUGCUAAUGUUCCCGGCAAAUUGCUUGGCUACGUUAGUAUGGAACGUUAUUUUAUCGAAGUUGGCUUGA